UGUAAAUGCAUCAUAAACAGACAGCCCAGAAUGAAGAAAGCAAGCAGGAGUGUUGGCUCAGUGCCCAAAGUGCCUGGAGUAAAUAAAACUCAAACAACUGAAAAAGCCAAACCAGAAAACGGCUCCUCAGUGUCUGCAGUAACAAAACUCUCCAAAACUGGGACAUCAGCUUCUCUUUUGAAGACUAAGAGUAAUGAUGACCUCUUAGCAGGGAUGGCUGGUGGUAGUGGAGUGACAAUGACCAAUGGUGUCAAGGCAAAGAAGAGCACGUGUGUAUCAACAGCAUCAUCAGCUUCAGGGACGAUCAUGAACAGUCUGGAAAAUAAACCCAAAACUAUUGCAGGUACGAGUUCCACAACGAAGCGUAGCACUUCAUCUGGAAAUAAAGAGUCAAGUUCUUCCAGAGAAAGAAUGCGUGAUCGUUCCCGGUUAAGCCAGAGCAAAAAGCUGCCUCUGGCUGGGCAGGGGCCCAGCGAUACCGUGCUGGCGAAGCGCUCCCGCAGCCGCGCCAACCCCGACUCGGAUCUCCGAAUGAGCAAGUCCAAGUCAGACAACCAGAUCAGUGACAAAGCUGCACUGGAAGCAAAGGUCAGCGAUCUCCUGACACUGGCGAAAACUAAAGAUGUGGAAAUCUUGCAUCUGAGGAAUGAGCUGAGGGAUAUGCGUGCUCAGCUGGGACUUAACGAAGAUCAGCUUGAAGGUGAUGAAAAAUCUGAAGAAAAAGAGGCCAUUGUUGUCCAUCAGCCAACUGAUGUAGAGUCUACGUUGCUACAGUUACAGGAACAAAACACUGCCAUCCGAGAAGAGCUCAACCAGCUGAAGAAUGAGAAUCGAAUGUUAAAAGACAGACUAAAUGCUUUAGGCUUUUCUUUGGAACAAAGGCUGGACAACUCUGAAAAACUCUUCGGCUAUCAGUCUUUGAGUCCAGAAAUUACAGCUGGCAGCCACAGUGAUGGUGGUGGUACUCUGACAUCUUCAGUGGAAGGUUCUGCUCCUGGAUCAAUGGAAGACUUGUUAAGUCAGGAUGAAAACACUUUGAUGGACAACCAACAUAGUAAUUCCAUGGAUAAUUUAGACAGUGAGUGCAGUGAAGUUUAUCAGCCACUGACAUCAAGUGAUGAUGCUUUAGAUGCUCCAUCAUCUUCAGAGUCUGAAGGUGUACCAAGCAUAGAAAGAUCUAGGAAGGGAAGCAGUGGCAAUGCAAGUGAAGUGUCUGUAGCUUGUCUGACGGAGCGGAUACAUCAAAUGGAAGAGAAUCAACACAGCACAGCUGAAGAGCUCCAGGCCACACUUCAAGAGCUUGCAGAUUUGCAGCAAAUAACGCAAGAGCUAAACAGUGAAAACGAAAGACUUGGGGAGGAAAAAGUAAUCCUUAUGGAAUCUUUGUGCCAGCAGAGUGACAAGCUAGAACACUUCAGCCGUCAGAUUGAGUAUUUUCGGUCCCUUUUAGAUGAACACCAUAUUUCUUAUGUAAUUGAUGAAGAUAUGAAAAGUGGUCGCUACAUGGAGUUAGAGCAGCGUUAUAUGGACCUCGCAGAGAACGCUCGGUUCGAGCGAGAGCAGCUGUUAGGUGUUCAGCAGCACUUGAGCAACACUUUGAAGAUGGCAGAACAAGACAACAAGGAGGCCCAAGAAAUGAUAGGGGCAUUAAAAGAACGAAAUCACCACAUGGAACGGAUCAUUGAGUCAGAGCAGAAAAGCAAAACAGCCAUAGCAUCUACCUUAGAGGAGUACAAAGCCACAGUAGCCAGUGACCAGAUUGAGAUGAACAGGCUGAAAGCUCAGUUAGAGCAUGAGAAGCAGAAAGUGGCUGAGUUGUAUUCUAUACACAACUCUGGAGAUAAAUCGGAUAUACAGGAUUUGCUGGAGAGUGUCAGGCUGGAUAAAGAAAAGGCAGAGACGUUGGCCAGUAGUCUGCAAGAAGAACUGGCACACACUCGCAAUGAUGCCAAUCGACUGCAAGAUGCCAUUGCUAAGGUUGAAGAUGAAUACCGAGUGUUCCAAGAAGAAGCCAAGAAACAAAUUGAGGAUCUCAAUGUGACUUUAGAGAAACUUCGGACAGAACUAGAUGAAAAAGAGACUGAGAGAAGUGACAUGAAAGAAACUAUCUUUGAGUUGGAGGAUGAAGUAGAGCAGCAUCGUGCUGUGAAACUUCAUGACAAUCUCAUCAUAUCUGAUUUGGAGAUGGAGAAAUGGGUAAAUGGAGACCCUCGAAGUUACAAAUGUUUAGAGCUAACUUGGCAGUAUGAUUCUACCAUAUGUCUCUUUCUGUGUCGAUUUGCUCAGGUCACAAAACUCAUCUGUGAACCUAAAAAUGAAUGUGACAAACCUCAG